AUGCCGAUAUUUGGCAGCUUUGUCGAUCUUACAUUUAGCAACUCGCUCGACACCUCCACGCGGGGCGUCGGUCGGCUCGGGGUCCAGCGGGCCACACCUGCCCGUGUGCCUGAGCCACUCGACCCUGCCUUUCGCCUCUACCCCUCCACCAUCCAUCCCAACCGUCGCUCGCUCUUCCCCGACCUCAACCCGGCUGCAGCUGCGCAAGCUGGGCCGCCGCUCCCCACUCCGCACUACAACGGCUACAACGACCUCCCCGCGUCGCUGUCCACGACUUCAUCGUCGAGCACCUACAAGGGCCGACAGAGGGCGCAUAUCGCCGAUCCGAUCGUUGCAUCCGGUGGCGCUCCGUACGCACAGGCGAGCUCGAUUCCAGCGGGACCUGUACGUCGCACAGCCGCUGCUCCCGCACACACCAAGAACGUCUUUUCCGUCUCGACGCAGCGCUGGGCAAAGCGCCUGGCAGACAUGGCCGCUCCGUCAGCUCCAGCCGGCGCUGGUGGGAAUGGCGCAGGCGCACCACGCGAAGUAUCGAUUGGCGUGGGCACCGUGUACGACUCGAAUGCAUUUGGCUCGAAUCCGUACGCGCGCGUAGCGUCCGACGAUGCAGCACCGGCGCCGUCGAGGUCGCACUACUUUUUGUCGCGCGAUGAGAUCCUCAAGGGCGUCGCUAACCGGUUCGUGCACUCGAGUGCGUACCUCUGGUUCUACGCCGGCAUGGCACUCGCCUCGCUGCUCACCGUCAUCAUCAGCCUCACCUCCGACUGUCCCGGCACGCUCUUCUACGGCCUCGAGCUCGCGAUCAAUCUGCUCCUCAUCGCCGAAGUCGGCAUCAGACUCGUGGCAUUCGGCAAGCAAUUUUGGAAGAGCACGUACAAUGUGGUGGAUCUCGGCCUCGUAUUGCUGUGCGCGAUCACGCUGCUGGUGAUCUUCUUCCACCACGAGUGCUCGCCCUUCCGCCGCACACCGUCGUACCCCGACGACGACGGUGAACGAAGAGGAGGCAGGUCAGGAAAGGGCGAGGAGCUGUUGGAUUCCAUCCUGCUCAUUGGACGAAAUGUCGUACAGGCCCUCAGGCUGGUAUCGAUCGUAAGGAGGUCUGGAAGCAACGUCACCAGCCGACCUACGCGCAUCGAGAUCGGAAACAGACCCUACUCGCUCGAUCUCGACCUCGAAGACGAAGGUGCGAUGGCAAGAGAUAGGAUCAGGAUAGGAGAGGAGGAACGUGCACCCCUCUUUGACGCCGAUGAUGACGAGCUCUAG